AUGGAGCUGCUCACGCAUGCUUCAGCACCAAGCUCUCGAAAGGAUGACGAGAAGUUCAAGCGCCAGGCGAAGGCUUAUUUGUCCUUUGACUCUGCGAACAUAAGCUCUAUCCACCGGAACUCGGAUACAUCACGAACAGAGGCUCCUGUUGCAUCAAGUCCUCUAGCUGCGCCAGUGCAGUAUGAUGGAUCUCCUGUGUUCAUGGAAAACACUCAGGAUGCUUGGACCGCCUUGGAUUCUCAGCUCUUUGCACCUUCACAGCCUUCAGGUGGGCAAAGCAUCGAUGGAAGUGAGUCGGAUGAAAAUGAUGACGAAAGUCUUCUUCCGCUGCCUAUCACUUCAUCACUACCGCCUCGUCUGACACACAAUGCAUUGCCACCGGAUGAGUCUGCCCUCUUGGAUGCUUCACUGAUGCCAGCUCCACAACUGGGAUCGCUCUCGUCUCGCGCAGAUCCUAGAUCUGAUAGACAAGUGCAAUACGCCCCGCCACCGUCGAGACUACCGCAGCUCGACGAACAUGGCACACCGAGCUAUCUUGAUGACCUCUCUACCAUUUAUCCAGCAGAGACACCUCUCAGGCGGGUGUCGUUGCUCCGAGCCUCGAAUCAGCCUCGGCCACAGGACGACUUCUCAUCUCCGAGUGACGAUGUUCCAUCGCAACUUCCGAGUACCUAUUCAAUCAGCGACCUAAACUCAGAUCCCAUUCACAGUGAUCAGAACGAUGCACCAACUAGUUCUGCUUGGGGGAGUCUCCCCCGAGGUAGUGCCCCUCAGCCUUGGAACGGCAUUAUCGAGGAAGAAUCACCUCUGAAAGGACUGAGGUCCUCAGGCAGACGGCAAAUUCAAAAGUCGUCGCCUUUGAAGCAGACGCAGUCACUGGACUCCCCGAGAGCAAACAAGUCUGCUCAGAUCCGGCCAGCUCAUUCUUCGGCUGCAUCAGAACCGAACGAAAUCUCUUCUGCUUCUCUGGAUCGUGCUGUGAACCCAAGGCAACAGCAGCACCGGGCAGAAACAAUGCAGCAGGCACUCAAUUCCUCCUUCGAGCUGCGCAACUCGUCGGCGUCCCAAGCUCGAGGACGUCAACCUGACAAUCAGGAAGACGAACCUUUGCCAAGUAUAGCUAGACAGGAAGACACGCAUGCUGCGCGGUCGUCUUUCGAACCCGACUUCUCUUCUGCACCACAAGCACAAGUGACGCAGUCAAGUGGUUUUUACGACUCAGCUGUCCCCAGAACCUCAAGACGGCAGUCUCUAAACCAAGUUUUACCGACUUCUCUUGACACUAGAUUCUCCUCGAGCCCUGAAGCUCAUGGGACACAGUCCACUAAUACAAGUGAUACAGUCAUUCCUGCUGCGCUAAGACAGCACACUCUCGAUCAGCUCCCGCCUACCUCUUUUGAAUCUCGCUUUUCGUCCAGCCCAGAAGCUCAUGGCACGCCUUUUGUCGAAAGGGAAAGUCCUAAAGAAAAGCCUGCUGAAGCAUCGUCAUCGCCGAGCUCUAAGAUAAACUUGUUCCAACCACGAGAAGCUUUCCUGACGACAGAUGUGCCAACCUCAUCAUCAGCAGACAAGAUUGUCUCGGAACCCGCAGACCUGCUCGAGGAUGCCGCGACUCCCUCUAAGUCGAGUCCAUGGCGGCCUGUGUCUUCAGCUUCUGAAGGAAGUCAUAUAGGUCCAGAUGCGGCAAUGGAGACCAAGAGACGCAAGCUCAACCCGCUGUCAACUCCGAAAGCAAAACCAACUUCUCAAGAAAGAGAAGUCUUCAAGUCGUUGCCUACGCAGAUUCACCCACAACCUCCACCUACUGGCUCUGGCACUUUCGUCUCGCACAUCACACCCCAACUACAAAGUCAGUUCUGGAAUAGCGCAGAGUUGCAAGGAAAGUACAAACCUCUGCUCCACCGAGAUCUUGAACAAAGUGAAAGAGGGUAUUGGCAAAUCGACACUCGGGCCUGGAGUCCGAAGAUCCAGAUCAAGUUUUGGAUCUUUUUGCAGUCAAAUAUUGGAAGUGGGGUCGGUGGCUGGGGUGUUUGGUGCCUACGUGGGAACGACACAGAAGCAAAUGAAGAUGAAGUUGCAGACAUGGAACUGGGUACAGUCAAGGUGUUCUGCUGGGGGGAGGUUGUUGGACACGUCUGGUUGCUGUGCUAUGUUGCUAGCCAAGCUCGACUGAAGCGUGUUGAAAGUCAUUGGAUUGACGCAGAUGGAAAGGUUGUGGUUAGGAUAUAA